UCCAGUAUUACGUUAUGACGAAUCCUUGGUACAGCGCGAGUUGGCACUUGGCAGUCUCGCGCCAGUGGACUAGCACCGCCGAGCCGGCCUACACGUGUUGUUGUUGUGUUUGUGAUAAGGUUGCCGAAAAAUAUACUUGUGAGAUAUAUAACAGAUCUGAGUUCCAUAGAACCUCAAUAAAGCGGAAGAGUGCCAAUGACGCAAGCUCUGCCCGCCUCGUGAAGACAAUGGAGCAACUGCUGCCUGUCGCGGCUGUCUUGUCGCUGUUCACGACAGAAGUUUAUUCGUCGAUACAAUGCUACCAGUGUCUGAUCAACCCGCCGCCGGGCGAGUAUUACAACACGACGAAGAGGUUAUGCGUACACUUCGACUACUCCGACAGAUUCGUAGUCGAUUGUCCGCAUUCAACGAUGUGCAUGAAGCAGGAGUUUCACCUGGAUAUUCAAGAUGGAGUGCGGAUAGUGGGCGUACUCCGAGACUGCGCGCAACAACAGUACCACUACCAGGACUAUCAGAACGGCCACUGGUACCCCAAAACGGAUAUCCACGAACAAUACCAAGAGGGCUGCUCUGAAGUGGACGACAAAGGGGAGAAGGCAACUUCGAGGCGGUACUGCUACUGCCGGCAGAACCUGUGCAACGCCGCGCCCGCCACCAACCAGGAGGGCUACACGGACAUCAUGGGCGUCAUCGUCGUCUUCAACCUCAUGAAGUACAUCAACAGCCUGAGGUAGUACAACCGCGGUGGACGGCCGUCCACCACUGAGUUUUGUAUAUAAUCGAGAGACUGUAGAGUUUACAUUAGACAGUGACAUGUUUUUUUUAAUGAUUUAUGUUUAUCUGAUUGAAUUUGACUAAUGCUUAUUAAAUUGGAUGUAUCUUGUGUAUUUAAUUUUGUAUAUUUAAAAAUAUUGUAACAUGGGGGAAGAUAAAAAAUAAAAAUGGUACUAAAGAGUAAAGUGUGAUAUUUAUAGAGCGAUAUACAUCGUUUCACUCAGUGUAGGCUUAAUUUUUAGCCGACUUCCAAAAAAGAUAUGUUUUUAUGUUCGGCUGUGAUUUUUUCCAUACUUAUUUUGUCUACUGCCUACUUCGUGAAGAAAUUAUGAUUUACCCCCACCAUUGUUUCAAUUUAAAAUGCAUCCAGAUGUAAUGAAUCACCCUCCAA